AUGCCCGCGAAGUCAGUAACAACCGUGGAGGAUCUCCGGCGGGCUGCGGUUGAACAAGAGCAGUUGCGCGUGGUUUUGAAAAUGCAAGCGAAGUUCGAAUCCAUCGAUACAUGUGUCGUUGAGCAAGCGAACCUGGACUCUUUGGGCAUCGUUCUCGGUCCGCCACUCGAUGUUGACAAUACCGACACCCUCUGGGAUGCAAGCACGUGCUUCUUUCGGCCCUGGGUGCCUGGUGAAAUCCUCACCGAAGUUGCUUCCCGCCGUCCGCCCGGGACAUGGAUGGACCAGCUGGGAGAAACGUGGCACUCGCAGCCAGAAUGGAAAUAUGGAGAGCUCAAGAUCGAGUGGUUCAAUUCCUGCCUGGAGGAACUGUACGAAAUGGAUCGAGACCUAUGGGAUCCCUGGGUAAUCGACGCGUUACAGAUCAGACGCGGUACCGGGCUCGACCUCCGGUUCAACCAAAUUCUGACCUUUGACCCGUCGACCGAUCAGCAUGUAAACCGCCAAUAUUACCCCGGAGCGGCCUACUUUCCCGUUGAUAAGACCAAACCCCAUGUUGCUUGCCUCACCAUCGAUUCGAACCAUCCACCAGGAGACAAGGUCCUCCAUAGCGAGGUUGACUAUGCCAUCGCGAUGGUCAAAUUCCGGCUCGAAAAGGGCCAACACACCGAACACCACACCAAACCGGGCAUAACCUACACCCUCGAGCGUGACCAGUGGGCGCGCAUCACGCAGGUACACUUCGACGGCAAGGCCCGCAAGCUGGUGCUGCGCCAGUCGCGCCAGCUGGACCUGCGCGGGCCCGAACCCCCCGCCGACGCCUUCCUGCUCCUGCGCUGGAUGGCCAACCGGCCCGCCGGCGAGACCGAGUAUGUCGACGAGGCCGAGCCCCCCAAGGAGGAGGUCGCGCGGGACGACCCGUCGAGUGCCGCGCCGAAGCUGUUGUUGGGGUGUGCUUGA